CCUGACAAAGCUUUUGCACAUUUCUCUCUGUCUCUCUCAUCAAAAGAAGAGAGAAAUAAUUUCUUUUUUCUUUUUUCUCAAAGGGAGAAAGCAAAAAUCUCACUUUAGAUGUCUCCCUAUUAAAUGCCUCUCCAUUCCCCAUUCUCUCUAUACAUCUCAACGACACGAAGAAGAAGAAGAAGAAAUCGAGACUGAAAUCUCCACUACUGCCCUUUGCUGCUCUCUUCUCUUUGGUAUUAUGUUGUUGCUCGCUGCUUAGAGAUAUGCUUCUUUCAACGAUCUUUGCUCUUCAUUCUUCACUCUUCACCUCGUACUGGGCGUUGUUUGCAGCUUCCAAAUGAUGAGUGUUCAAUCAUCUUAUUGAGUAAUUUUUAGGCAGAGAAGGAGAAAAUUAUUUUUAAAAAAAUAAUAAUAAAGAAAAAUAUGAUGAUGAUGAUGAGAAGAAGGCUCGCUUGCUGCACCUGGGAUAGAGAAAUAAGCCUUGACUUCGAUGAGCAAGAGAGGAUUAUGACAUAUAAUGGCCUUGAGAGCUGCAUUCAAAACAACCAAUCUUAUGAAAAUGAAAGUGGCACAAGCCAAGGAGAUGGGUGUAUGAGUGACUCCUUUGAUGAUGAUGACUUGAGCUGUUCUUCUACCAAAGAUGCUUUUGGAUCAUUUUCUUCUAAUUCUAAAUGUUUGACAAUGAAGAGGGAUGAGCACGGUUUGGAUGAUUGGGAGCUCACAGAAAGCCCCCAACAUUUUUAUGUCAAAGCAAAACCAGUUUAUACUACUCAAUUUUCAGAUGUAGAGACGAUGAGGGAAAAAUUUGCAAAGUUAUUAUUGGGUGAAGAUAUAACAGGAGGUUGUAAGGGCCUCACUACUGCAUUAGCAUUAUCUAAUGCCAUUACUAAUCUUGCAGCUUCAGUUUUUGGGGAACUGUGGAAAUUAGAGCCAUUGCCUGAAGAAAACAAGAAUAAAUGGCGAAAAGAAAUGGAUUGGUUGCUCUCUCCUACAAACUAUAUGGUUGAGUUAGUUCCUACAAAGCAAAAUGGCGCCAAUGGCAAGACCUUAGAGAUAAUGACUCCAAAAGCUCGUGCAGACAUCCAUGUGAAUCUUCCAGCACUUCAGAAGUUGGACUCCAUGCUUAUUGAGACACUGGAUUCAAUGGUGAAUACUGAGUUUUGGUACACAGAAGUUGGCAGCCGGGCAGAAGGUAGGACCAAAAGCACAAAGCAGAGCAAGAGGUGGUGGCUUCCAUUCCCACAAGUACCCACAACUGGGCUUUCUGACUCAGAAAAAAAGAAAUUGCUCUAUCAGAGUAAAGUUGUCUAUCAAGUCUUCAAGGCUGCCAAAUCUAUCAACGAAAAUGUAUUGCUUGAAAUGCCUGUGCCGACCAUUAUCAGGGAUGCGCUACCCAAAUCUGGCAAGGCAAACCUCGGCGAGGAACUCUACAAGAUCUUGACUGUAGAUUCCAAAACAACUGAGGAAAUGCUCAGUUCUCUUAAUUUGAAAUCUGAACACAGUGCACUUGAGGCCAUUAACAAAUUGGAAGCUGCCAUAUUUGCAUGGAAAGAGAAGAUUACAGCACAAAUAAGUAGUAAAUCCCCCGUUCGAACAUCUUGGUCCUUUGUUAAGGACCCUAUAUCAGAGUUUGACAAGACAGAGUCACUGUUGGACACAGCAGAAAUCCUUCUGCAGCAAGUCAAGGCCAGAUAUCCAAAUCUUCCUCAAACAUUUCUUGAAGCUACAAAAAUCCAAUAUGGCAGGGAUGUUGGGCAUUCAAUACUAGAGGCAUACUCCAGAGUUCUUGGGAAUUUGGCCUUCAGCAUAUUGUGUAGAAUAGGUGACAUUUUACAGGAAGAUGCUUCAAGCAAUCCGAAUUCUCCAGCAACAAUCAGUUACUUUCCAAGAAUAAAUGUAUCAGGAAUUCCAGAAACUCCACUUCAUGUUCUUCACUCGCGACACUCAUUGAUCGAUCAGAUGAAUAAGGUGGAUGGGAAGUACCGUGAAUCUGAUGCUUCAGAUAUAGGAUUCUCUUACAGUGAAGAAGCAAAAACAAGCUCUGUAAAUGCAACACCAAGUAGAAGCAGAGUAUGGUGCAUUGGUAGAGAAGCUUGUAUAAGUGUGUCUCCUAGUAAUUCACCUUGAUAAACCAUAACUGUUUGACUCAAACCAUCUUUUUCUUACUCUAAUAGAAGAUGUUUUUAUAUGCCAAGCUUAUGUAGAUGAUAUGAUUAUAUGAUUAAUGAAAUAUGUAGAGGUUGAUUUUUGCCUUC